GGGGGGGGACGGGUCGCGUACCGCCGCGGGAUGGCCGACCCUCUUUCUUCAUCUUCAUCUUCUUCUUCUUUCUUCUUUCUUCUUUCUCUCUCCUCUGGUCUUAUUUUGGUUCUUCCUUUUAUUUUUCCUUCGUACAAAACUGAACUGGAGUCCCAAGGGACCUUCUUUUCUACUUUACUGUUUUUCUCUUUUUGUUUCUUUUCCUUUUAUUUUUUUUUGUUUUACUUUUUGUCUUUUUCUUACUAACUGAUUCCUUGAAUCAGUAAAGUUGUUUAAUACAACUUCUUACUUUCUCUCAUUAUUUAUUUUAUCUUUUCUUUCUCUUCAUUCUCUAAUUUUUGAACAAAGAUUUUCUUUUUUUCUACUUUUGACAAUUAAAUCUUGUGAAAACUUUAUUAUUUCAUCCACCUUCAAUUCAUAAACUUAAUAGAUUCGAAUAUUACAUAGGUGACUAAUUUAGUUCAUUCACUUACUAUUGUAGACGGAGAUUUUGUAGAAGGAGCUUUCUAGGGGUGACUUUAUUAUUCGUAUCUGCGCUACUCGAGAUGGCAAGACUUCACCAAACCGCAAGAAAAAGGACAGCGAGGAAACUCACUGGCCCUCUCUCUGCUUCACCUUACUUGAUUCGCAUGAGAUACGGGGAGGAUGUUUGUGAUUAUGUCCAUCGUUUGAACUUGGCUAUUGAAAGCUACCAUUUUAAUGACUUAUAUGGAGAUUCAGACUUUUGCACUCCUGAAAAGAAAGCAUAUGUUUUAUUGACAACCCUACCCGAGCGAGGACCAUUAGGAGCAAUCAAAAGAAAAUACAAUGAUGUUUAUGUUAAUGAUACACCUAAUGUUGAGAGGUACACGCAUAAAGGAUCAUGGUUUCUGACUAUUGAGUAUCUACGAAGGGUCAUGAUUGAUGCUAUGGAAGAAUACUAUUACAAUCUCAAUGUAAAUGGCUCUAGUUCUGAUGAAGGAGAAGCUAAUAGAAGCCCUAACCCUACCCACCCUCAGUCCGAGAUGGAAGAUGAAGAGCCUAUGGAGGAUGAUGACCUUUAAGUUGUUCUUUCUUUUAUUUUAUUACGUGCAAUAAGAUUUCUUUUUUUAGAACCAAUAGAUGUUAUGUUGACCAAAGAUGUUAUGUCGAUUGAAUGAUUGAAUAAAGAUGUUUACUUUUUCUAAAGUUGUGUUCCUAGCUCAAACUAAAUACUUAUGUCUCAUUAUUAUACUUUACAUCAAUAAUAAAUGGUGGUCACACCAUUGUUUUCUCUUUUCUAGGUAGCUUAUGCAAUUUAACGUCUAUACUCGUUCUCGUUCCCGCUCAAACAAAAAUAUGUCUGAGACUCCCGAACAAAUUGCUGCUCGUUUGCGAACUCUCGAGCAAUUAUCCCAAAG